UCGGGAAGAUUCGGAAAAAAGAAAAGAAAAGAAAAUUAAAAAAUAACCAAGCUCAGGGCCUGAGGAACUGAAUGAUUAGCGAAAAUCCCUCGGUGUCAGUUAUAUUUCCGGCAAUCCACUGCAGCUAUAUACCCUUCUAAAAUCCCAAAUUCUCAAUAGUUAUUGUGUAAAUUCUCUUCCUUUUGCUUUUGCUCUUGUUCUUCAGUUGCUGGAUUGAAUUGGGUUCGUUUCAGUUUUUGAUUUGGACUUUCAUCCAUCCUCUUACCUCCAUUUGUAUAUAUGAUCCCAAGCUCAAAAGCUCUGUUUCUGUUUUUUAUACUUUGUAUUUGUAUAGGGUCGUCCUCCUCUACAGGCUAAAUCUAGCUAAAGCUUACCAGCAAUCACUAGGCCACUAGGGUAGGGGGUUUCUAAAGCAAGGGGGGCAGUAGAAGAAGAACAUGGAACUCCGCGUCUUCUGGGUCCACGUCUCUGUCACGUGACUCUGAAAUCUCAUUGUUACAGUCGUCGUCGUCGUCGUCGUCGUCCCUGAUCUUCGUGCUCUGCUCUCUCAAAUUCUUCUAUCUGUCUCCGUCUCUGUGGGUUAUAUUUUCUUAUGUUUGUGUGUUUAUGGCUUACCAACAACAACACCCCCACCACCACCACCAUCUUCAUCAGCAACAGCAGCAGCAGGGAGGGGCUCAGCUGUUCAAUUCCCCAUUCGGGGACACGACGUUGACGAAGGUGUUUGUGGGUGGGCUGGCCUGGGAAACCCAAAGCGACACUCUACGACGUCACUUUGAGCAGUUCGGCGACAUCCUCGAGGCCGUCGUGAUCACCGAUAAGAACACCGCUCGAUCCAAAGGCUAUGGCUUUGUCACAUUUCGUGAUCCUGAUUCUGCAAGAAGGGCUUGUGCGGACCCCAACCCUGUGAUUGAUGGCCGCAGAGCUAACUGUAAUCUUGCUUCUCUGGGUCGGCCUCGACCUUCUUUCCCAUUUCAUGGGCAACUGAGAUCAGCAGCUCCAAUCCUUGGUCGUGUGCAGACACCUAGAGCUGCUUACAUGGGGAGCCCAAACCCUGCUUACCACCACCCUCUUCCUCAUGGUUACCAGCCUGGAUUUGUAUACCCUUCCUAUGGGUACACAGCAUAUGGACCUGAGUAUGUCUACCCACAGGGUGCCUACAGUCCUUACAUGAAUCAGCAAUACCUUCAGAUAUACGGGGUACCGGGCACAGUAAACCCUGGCGCAUAUCCAUACGGACAAUUGGGUCAUUCUCUCUCCGGCACUCAUGGCUAUGCAGCGGUUCAAAGCUAUGGAGUUCCAGGCCAUCAUAUAAUGCAAUUUGGCGGCUCCAAUGUCAGUGGAGCAUCCCCAGCUUCCAUCCCCACAAUUCAAACACCAUAUCCUACAGGUUUAGCUGCACCAGCUCCAGGACAGGCGCAACUUAUACUUCCUACUAAUUCUCCUCAAUUCACCAGUGGUUCCGAUCAAACUGCCGGUUGAGUGGUAAAUCGGAAAGGACUAAGAGAAGCUACUGCUACCUAAGUAGCAGGCUCUAAUUCUAGCCUUGCAAAGUUAAUAUCUUUGCUUUCUAGAGGUGACAUCUGUCUUUCCCUUAUAAAGUCAUUCAUGAAGGUCAUCAGAGAUGCUGCAAAGUCAGCUGUUAGAUGUUGAGUCGUUCUGAACCCCUUGAGUUGUGAGGAUGUGGAAGAGCAUGGGUUUGCUUUUUCACCUGUGUCUGUAAAAUAUGCUGUUGUUGUGCCACGUGGCUGAAAGCCACUUGGCAUAAUAUUGUUGUGGGUCAAUGUGUUUGCUGGAUAUGGUUUUCUGGCAAGCGCAUGUAAUAAGAUUGUAAAUUUGUAAAUAACCUCCCCGCUCUCUCUGUAUGUAUGUAUAAGAAUCAAUACGAUUCGUUUUGUGGACCCAACAUAUGGGUUCACAGUCGAUGCCCUGGUGCGCUGCGCAUUGGUGCACUGCUGCCUCACAUUGUAUUUAGCACAAAGUCAUUGCUGAAAUUUGAAUUUGUCUAUUCAAUUGGGGUUUCUUCAUUUU